CUCCGUCCCACAGUCCCACACACACUCCGCUCUUUGCAGGACCUACGAGACACAACGCUGCUGGUGACAACUAAAUGAUGCUUUCCUGCUUGGAGUUAUUCUGUUGCGUUUGUGGAUUUACAUAUAUCUCUGGCUGAUACCUCAGGAAAAGGAUAUUUCGCUUGUCUUUUUUUGAUUCACCCCAAAGUUUGAGCACUCCUAUAAAAGGUGCUCACCACCGAAGAAAGAGAGACAGACACAGGGGGAGAGAGCGAGAAAGAGAUGCGUACCACGGCCGCUGCCUUUUGAGUUCAACCCUCUGAAGCUGAGCAGAGAAGCCAGACGGUCUGCUGUACUCUUCUUGUACCUUCCCUGGAUCUUCCCUGGGGCCUCCAUUGUGAUCAUGAGGAAGGCCUCCCGCACUCUGCCUCUCGGAGUCCUCACCGUGUUGCUGCUUUCCCAGGUCUGCUCUGGCAUCAAAUGGCUAGCGCUGUCCCACACUCCGGCCUCGCUGCACGUCAACCAGACCCUGCACUGUAAGCAGCUGGCGGGCAUGGUGUCGUCACAGGCCCAGCUGUGCCGCAGCAACCUGGAGCUCAUGCAGACCAUCAUCCAGGCGGCCCGCGAGGUCAAGAAGACCUGCCAGAAGACGUUCGCCGACAUGCGCUGGAACUGCUCCUCCAUCGACAUCCCCACCGACUCGACCAAGUACAGCCCCGACCUGGAGCGAGGCACGAGGGAGUCGGCGUUUGUCUACGCCCUGUCGGCCGCGGCCAUCAGCCACACCAUCGCGCGGGCGUGCACCUCGGGCGACCUGCGGCUGUGCUCCUGCGGCCCCAUCCCCGGGGAGAUCCCCGAGCCGGGCUACCGCUGGGGGGGCUGCGCGGACAACCUGCACUACGGUCUGAUCAUGGGCUCCAAGUUCUCCGACGCGCCCAUGAAGAUGAAGAAGGCGGGCUCCCACGCUAAUAAACUGAUGCACCUCCACAACAGCGAGGUCGGCAGACAGGCCCUGCGCGACGCGGUGGUGAUGAAGUGCAAGUGCCACGGCGUGUCGGGCUCCUGCUCCAUCAGGACCUGCUGGAGGGGCCUGCAGGACCUGAGGGACAUCGCCAUGGACCUGAAGACCAAGUACCUGUCCGCCACCAAGGUGGUCCACCGACCCAUGGGCACGCGCAAGCAGCUGGUGCCCAAAGACAUCGACAUCCGGCCGGUCCGGGAGAACGAGCUGGUGUACCUGCAGAGCUCCCCCGACUUCUGCGCCAAGAACGACAAAAUGGGCUCCGUCGGCACACAGGACAGGCAGUGCAACAAGACGUCGAUGGGCAGCGACAGCUGUGAGCUGAUGUGCUGUGGGCGAGGCUACAACCCCUACACCGAGAAACUGGUGGAGCGCUGCCACUGCAAGUACCACUGGUGCUGCUACGUCACCUGCAAGAAGUGCGAAAGGAUAGUCGAGAGAUACAUCUGCAAAUAAGCCCUCUGGACGGACGUCGACCGCCCCCCCUGCGAGCCAAGCUACGAACCCCCCCCAAGCUCAAAAGCCUUAGACUAGCUACGUACCCCAAUCUCCACCACCACCACCACCGACACAUCCCCACCUCCAUGCCCCACUAUCCCAACCCCAAGCUUGAAAGCCCUAGUCCAGCUUCGAAAGAACCCUCUCACUCCUCUCCCUCCAACCAGCGUCUAGAGGGCUACAGAUAACCAAAGCACUACCAUACCGACCAGGCUUAGUUUGGCCUCAGGCUUCAGCAUGUCAUUAUUUGUUUUACAUUUUUACUGCGUCUCCAGACCGCCGAUUUCUGAAAAAAAAACUUUCGGGGAAGGGGGUUUCGUUCAUGUCGAAAAACCACCGUCCUUCUGCUGUUUUGGUUUUGGUUUUUUUUCUCUCUGCAAGGAUUCCAAAAGUCAAUUUUUAUUAUUAUAUAUCGUUAUUAAAAGAAAUAGCUCCGGAGACGAGGGGAUCUCCCUCCAGGUGCUCUCUGUGCGCCAGGCUGAGACUGAUGUGUGCAGGAUGCCAAAGUUCUGUGGAAUUCAUAAAGGCUUCUGAUGGACCGUCGAGGCUUAAGCGGCCCUCACUAUUCUUGGUACGAGAUGGUACGUUCUGCUCUUUUUUCCCCUCCCUGGGACAAUGGAUGAAAGGGAACCCUCCGGUACGUCUAUUUUUAGAAUAUGGACCGUUUUCUUCUUGGUUGACAUCUGGGACUCUUACCAAUUAACUUCUAAGUUCGACCACGGUGGUCUUUUAUUUUUUUAUUUUAUUAUUUUGUCUGCACCUCUGUGGAUCCGGGGAGACGAGAAAGGAAGAAAAGUAUAAAUCAUAUUGAGAUACGGCAUUGUUUGAUGUAUUGUCAGAAACCCACAAAAUCGUCUAUUCUCUUCUGGGGAUGUGAAACUCUGCUCUGGGUUCACGUUCGAUGACAUUUUGAUACCACUGUCGUGUGGAUGUACAUACUGUCUUUUUGUAUACUGAAAUAAAGAAAGAAAUAUUUAUAAGCUAAUUAAAUAAUCUUCUCCAAGCUCAA